AUGCAUUUGGUGGUGAUGAAGCACUCUUAUGAAGAUGCAAAUUCAAAUGUAAAGGAGUUGGAAAGUCAUUUGAAUUAUUUUAUUAAUGAUAUGCUGCAAGUUUAUAUUCUUAUUAAUGAAAAAGCAUUGGAGGUGAAAUCACAACAGGAUAGAAUCAAAGAGCACAAUGCAGAUAUUUUAAAUCAAAUAGAGGAAAUCAAAAAGAAUCUUGAUAAUGCGUAUGAAGAAGCACUGGAAGUACAAAUAUCCAAUAAUCAAUUGGUUCAUGAUAUACAAAGUAGUUUGGAUUACAGUCUUUUCACAGUGUCUAAUUUGAAUUCACAUCUUCAACUUAGUAUUAAUGAUUUUAUUGAGAAAAAUGAAGAUAUUCGAAGCCGUGCUCCAAUCAUAUUUGAAGAAAUAUUUGGACUAUUUUUGAAUCAUUUGAAUGAAUCGGGUCAGCUUGCCAUGGAUUCGUUUGAAGCGGCUCUCGAUUUAUCCUUGAAUAUGCUACAUCAAAAAUUAAAUCAAACAGAAAGAUCAAUUGACAAUCUCAACUCCAAAGUUUCAGAUCUUGCUCAUUUUGCAGAUUCACUCAAAAAAUAUGCUUCAAGUAUUUUUAAUGUACCAAAUUACGUGAGAACUUCAAUGAAUCAUAAGAUACAGCAAUGGAGGGAAUUUGGAAAUAUUAUGGUAGUUGGGGGUGUUUUCUUUUUUGUUGUGCUAACUUUACUUGUUCUCUCAUUCAUAAGAACACAGGUUAUGAAGGUAUUCAGAUUUGCAUUUAUUGGCAUACCAAUGAUUACGGGAAUUGCAUUAGCUAUAUUCAUCUUAAGGCUCUUGAGUAUGCCUAUGAAAGUUGUUGAUAUAGAUUAA